AAAGGCAAUCUCUGGUUUGAGGGUCUUCAAGGCCGAAACAUGAGUCUUGCAUGUCUGGUGUGUCAUAGUGUGGAAAGUCCGUCUCACUCUUUUAGGAGUUACUCUGUUUCAAGUUCAGAUAACGAGGGAAGAUGUUCAGCCAUUGCUAACUGCUUGGCCCGAAAGUCAUCUCUUCCAGCUGGGAGACCAACUAUACCAUCAACCUCCAAAGUGACCCCACAACCAAAUUUUCAGAACAGCGUUGGAAUGGCAGGCCCCCCACGGCUGGUGCGUAGUCGUGCUGUGAGGAGGGAUCUUGUGAGAGACUGGAAUUUUGACGAGGUUGUGAUGGAGCGCUAGUUUGUUUAGUGUGAGGUAGGAGAGUGUCGGGCACUCUCCUCUUUGGGAUAGCGUUAGAACCUUAAUCCUUUGCCUCUCUAUUUUGUAAUAGUUUGCUGUGGGUGCAACUGAACUUUUCUGCUAGAAGAGCAUGUGUAUCAAUCUGAGUAAUAUUGAAUGUGCAAAACAUUUAACAUU